ACCAACCCAAUCAUUUAGACUAAGAAGAUCCGACCCGCCCCACCAGAUCCAGUUAAAGAAAACCGUGGUAACGGGUCUUUUCACCGUCCCUAGGAAGAGGGAUCCCGGCAGCGGCACCAUCGAAAGCUCCAUGCUUUGCAAGUUACAAGUUAGUGUUGCAACAACAAUCUGACAGACAUAAUAGCAAACAGCUGCUGUGCGAAAGAUGGAAGACAAUUUGGAGAAUGAAAAUCCAGUACCGCAUGUCCUUCUGCACGAACAAGAGAUCGCUACCCAAAGAAUCAUCCAGGCUCAGAGCCAAAGAGAGGCAGUCGCUAAACCUCCGUAUAAGGAUGGCACAGACCUUUUCUGGGAGCGGCCUGACCCCAAUGCCCUGAAAGAGCAUCUACUGAAAAUGGCUUCAGAGCAUCGUGCGGAAAUGGCUUCUAAGCGUGGCAAGCCUACCCUUCCUGAACCAGCUUUAGGUAACAUAGAAAUUGGAAACGGGUAUGGUGUACCAGGAGGAGGUGCUUAUUUCUAUGGCACAGCAAAGCCUAAUGUAGCUACACCAGUUUCAGGAAAUUUGGGACUCGUAAAUAAUGAUAUAAGCCAGAAAAAUUCUAAGCUUGGUGGAGAAUCAAAACCAACGGCUGCAUCUAAGGACUUACCUGAGUACCUUAAGCAAAAGUUGAGAGCAAGGGGCAUUUUAAAAGAUGAUGCAGGGAAAGAUGAUCUUUCCAGAACUGAUAAUAACUUGGAGACUGGUUCACCUCAGCUCAUGGAAAUUGGAAAGUUGCCCCCUGGGUGGGUGGAAGCAAAAGAUCCUUCAACUGGUGCUUCAUAUUAUUAUAAUGAAAGUAUUGGAAAGAGUCAGUGGGAAAGACCAGUGGAAACAUCUUGGAGUGCUCAUAUUCCGUUUGCUACACGACUUGGGGGAGAUUGGGUGGAAGCAGUAGACGAAACAACGGGGCACAAAUAUUAUUACAAUACAAAGACCAAUAUAUCUCAAUGGGAGUGCCCUAAUUUAUCACAGCCAGUUGCAUCAGAGUGCCCUGGAAACAGUUUUUCUGGAAAUACUUUUAAUGAGAAUUUGGCUUCUCAGUCACCAGACCUGGACAAAUGCAUUGGUUGUGGAGGUUGGGGAGUGGGCCUGGUGCAGGUUUGGGGUUAUUGCAAUCAUUGCACACGAGUUCUCAAUCUGCCACAGAGCCAGUGUUUGUCAACUAUUAUGGAUAACCAGCAGCAUAAUAGCAAGUCUUCUAAUACCAAGGACAAUUAUGAGAAUAAGGCUCCGAAACAGCGAUCCAAUGGGAAAUCUCUUUUGGGAAAAGGAAACAGAAAAGAUAAAAGGAAGCAUGUCUACAAUGAUGAUGAUGAGCUGGAUCCCAUGGAUCCAAGCUCUUAUUCUGAUGCUCCCCGUGGUGGCUGGAUUGUUGGGCUGAAAGGAGUACAGCCACGAGCAGCUGAUACCACUGCCACGGGUCCUCUGUUUCAACAGCGUCCUUAUCCUUCACCAGGAGCUGUAUUGCGGAAGAAUGCCGAAAUAGCUUCACAUACGAAGAAAUCGAGCUCACACUGGACACCUGUAUCCAAGAAAGGGGAUGGGAGUGAUGGCCUUGGUGAUGCAGAUUGAGAUUGUGACUUAAAUGGGGCAAAUUUCAUCUUUUGCGAUGCUUGUUUUAGCCUGGUAAUCUAAGUGAGUAACUAUGCGUAGUCUUGGCUGUCUAUACUCGUGAGGAUGCAAAUCUUGAAACUUUCAGCUGCCCCAAACAUGCUGUCAUUUGGCAACUAUGAUGCAACAAUCAAAGAUGAUGACUAUAAUUCAGCUACUAAAAUUGAACGACUGAUGGAAGUCCAGUUGUAUUAUAUGGUAUUUAAUACCCUUAACGACUUCUGCAAAUGUGGGAACAUGAAUAUGUUGAUCCUACUUUCACCAGGUCAUCUAUAUAUGUCAUGGACCCAGAGAUGAUAUUCAGGACAGGAUUAAAAAUGAGACAGGAGAACUAUGUACAGAAAAAUUUGCAGAUUCUUACGCCAAAAGUUUCUUCGUGGCAAUGUCAGAUGAUGUUUUCACAAAGUUAAGAUCGUAGGUUUUCUUGUAGUUUGAAUGUAUGUACGAAAGUUUAUUGUCUAAAUAUCUAGUGUGUUUUUGGCAAAAAAAAAAAAAAAAAUUUGUUUGUGUUGAAAUUUUGUGUGAUUGUAAGUUGCAGCUAGAACCAUGCUGUCUGUUAGUGUUAGUUAUGAAUUUGUAAACUUUGCAUCUCCAAAACUCUCUAGUUUUCAUCUGAUCA